GAUGAAUAAAGAGUUAAAUUUUUACGAUUGUAUUCCUAUUAUUCGGUUGAAUGAAUAUAAAUACUGCAAGAUUCUUAUGGAAGGCAGCAGUGAAUCGAAGAAGCGGAUAGUACCUACAUCAAAAAUGAAUUCUUUCGUAAUCACCUUCUUCGCUUUGUUCGCCCUGUGUUCAUCAACUGAUGUCUCACAAGGCCAGAGUUCAUCUAACAAGCAAGGUCAAGAUGGUCGCAGUGCAAACUUACUUCACUCUUUCGGAUCUACAUUAACAAAAAUGGCGACCAUGAACGAUCCACUCCUACGUUCUGUCAACUACUACCCUGACACAGCUGUUGUAACUGGCGGUCUUCAUGUUCCUGCUACCAGAACUAUCAAUGUUCGCUCAGAUGGAGGCAUCAUCCACAGUUAUACAUCUGGAGGUGUUAGUUCUCUGAUUGCUCCAACUGUCCAUACUGCUUAUAGUCCAGCUGUCAAUCAUGUUGUCCGUAGUUAUAUGCCUCCUACAUAUAAGUCAGUAAUUUAUUCUCCAGAAAUAGUGGUGCCUGAAGUGGUGGUACCUGAGGUCGUCUUCGCUUGAAUAUUUUCUGAAUUUUUCAUUUUUGUUAGUUCAGUACAGGGUUUGUCAUUUGGAAUGUUUAGGUGAGGAAUAAAUUGUAGCAUCUGAUCUUCAAAUAUCAAAUAGUGAAGAAC